UGUAUUCAUCCGCGGCAACCCACCAUCACAAAAACAGCGCUGCUAGUUGAACUGUCCAGCUUUAGUACUAGGGACCACAGUUUAUAGUCGACAUUUAAUUACACUGCAGCAUCUGCCACUGAGCUGCGAUGAAGUUCCAGUAUAAAGAGGAGCAUUCUUUUGAGAAGAGGCGAUCAGAGGGAGAGAAAAUCAGGAAGAAAUAUCCGGACAGGGUUCCUGUAAUUGUUGAAAAAGCUCCCAAAGCCAGAAUAGGAGACUUGGAUAAGAAGAAAUAUCUGGUCCCCUCGGAUCUCACAGUCGGCCAGUUCUAUUUUCUCAUCCGAAAACGAAUCCACCUAAGGGCUGAAGAUGCUCUGUUCUUCUUCGUAAACAAUGUCAUUCCUCCUACCUCUGCAACUAUGGGCCUGUUAUACCAGGAGCAUCAUGAAGAGGAUUUUUUUCUCUACAUUGCCUACAGUGAUGAAAGUGUGUAUGGAGAAUAAAACCAAAGGGAAAAAUAACUUCCCACCUCCUUUUCCUUCCUUUUACAAAAGUAUAUAAACCCCUAUCGGCAGCCUAGAGUUCAGAGCUUCUGAUACCAAAUGCACUUUUCCUUGUUUCUUUAUUUCCAUUCAUCCCCCCGCUCCCCCAUUCUGGAGUUUGCUGUAGUUUUGGUAUUUAGUAUAUCAUGAAGGUCAUUUUUCUUUAUGCAAUCGUUUUUUCAGUAUUGGUUUUAGAACUGGCACCAAGCUGAUGCUGAUUUUAUUCGCCACUUGGCAGCAGUAGACUAUUGGAUGGCAUUUAAAUGAUCAAAUUAGUUUGCCUAGAUUUUGAAAUUGACCUUUUGUUUCACUAAAACCAGUGAGUUGUUCUCCCAGGAGAAUUGCACAUUUGAGUGCUGCUGACGAGCCAUUUGCAAAAACCAAACUAAAAGCGAACUUUUCUCCUGUUAUGUUUCAAAAAUAUUCUUUCAAUAUAAUAUGAAUAUAUAAUGAGAAUUAUUGUACCUGGAUAAUUCUAGGUCAUUUGUUUUGAGAUUGUGUAUCUUAGCUGACGUAUUUAGCAGUUUUAUUAUUUUGUUGAUGGUUUUAUUUUUAUUUUUUUUAAUUUUUUUUUGAACUCGGUAUUCAGCUGCAUUUCUGAUACCCUUAACUUGAGGUGACCAUAAAUAUAAAAUAAAUAUAGAUGAACUA